GCCAAUUGUAUGGUCAACAGUCAUCAAGGUGCCAAUUGACAUAGAUAGGACCAUCAUCGUCUUACACAGAUCAUAUCCCUUUCACAGCGUAACAAGCAGUCAACCGAAUGCCGGUGGUAUAAACCGUUAACACCUGUAACCGGCUGUGUGACGUAAACCGGAACCAUAAUAAGUGCGUUACUGUGGAUGAAGAGGUGCAAAAAAAAUAACGCACAAUGCGAAAACGAUACACAAAAAUUACAGGCACGUUUUUGUUAUGAGAAGGCUUUAACAAAGAGCUCUUCAGUCUAGCGAUCACAACAGCGAAUCGGAGACACACGACACGGUUCCAUUGGUCACUUGAAUCCGUAUUUUGACCUUCUCUGUUUCACUUUGCAGAUAGUUUUGAGACGGGGUUGAGUAGCUGGGAUGAAGUUUGCGGAAAACCUCUCUGAGAACAUGGUUCCAGAAUGGAGGGAUAAGUAUCUGGAUUACAAGGGCGGUAAGAAGCUUAUCAAGAAGAUUGCUCAGUCACCUUCGUUUUUAGCGAAGAGUCUUCUCUCAACGCCUGGGACGUCCUCUGCUGCUGCUGAGAGACUGAGGGCCUUCACGCUAACACAGAACAACAGAUCAACAACGCCAGGUUCAUUCGAGUUGCCGCCGGCCGCUGUUGAUCCUACGGAAUCACUGAACAAUGAUGAUGCAAGCAACGAUAGAACUCCACUACUCAGAGCCACAAGCAACCUUGAGCAUACGUUGUCAUCGACCGGGUCCUUAACAGGUGAGAUUCACCAGAGAAAGUCCGCCUCUAAUAGGGCCAGUGUACCGGCAACAUACAGCGGUGGCUCUGCUGAACUGGUCGAAGGGAUAUCAAUGGAUACCAUGAAUGACACGAGUAUUAGUGAAUUCACGGAAUGGCUUGAUAAACAGCUGGCCAAGAUUGAAGGAUUCUACAAAGAAAGAGAGGAUAACAUG